AUGACGGACACAAGCUCUCUGCCUACAAAUUGGGAAAUCAAUGUUGUCUUCAACAUCUUUAUCUUUAAUCAGAUUUCUGGCCAUUACCUUUAUUCGCCAGGAAUAACAAGAAGUUUCCAAACAAUGAAAUUUGAAUGGGGCCUUUCAAAAUUUAUUUCGAAGGAAAUUCUGUCUGAUCCAUCAAACGGAUACCUAGUUAAUGAUACGUGUGUGUUUGGUGUUGAGGUUUUCUUUAUCGAAAGACAAGGGGCCGUUGAAUGCUUAUCUUUGGAUAAUGUCGAUACUCGUUACGAGCAUGAUUUGAAGAUUUCAGAUUUCUCCAAAUUAGAAGAAACAUGGAAUUCUGCAUAUUUUAUUGCUGGAGGCCCGAAAUGGUUUUGUGAGAAUUUCAUUGAUGUCGACAAAAUUGAUGGUGUGAAGAUUCACCGAGCACUCUAA